GAAAUAUUCACCUCUUAUUUAUUUUGUAAUAUUAUUUUUUAUUUAAUCAUAGUUUAACUGUGCUUAAGUUAAUUUUAUAAUUUAUAAGUUUUGCCCUAAAAUUUUUUAACUGGUUGUCUCAACCAACAGUACUGUAAUUAUUUGACAUAUAACAUAUGAAGUACUUUUCUAAAGUGAAUAUUAUGUGAAAAUAGUGUCUUCUUGAAUCUUAGUUCAAGAUUAUCUAAUACUAUAGUUCCUUGCAUAGAAGAUAACCAAGCAUAGAAAUAGAGUCAUCUUUUAGUCGUGAUAUUGGAGAAUAAUUCAGUCCAUUCACAUAAGACAUGAGGCCACUGGGUGUGGGGUAUGGAAAUAGCUUAUAACAUUGCAAGUCCUCUGCCAAAAAUUGAUGAAUAAUUUACUGCAGUUGAAUGAUUUUAUGUAGAUAUGGUGCAGCUGGAAAUUUUAUGUGAUUUGUUAAUGACAUUAUAGUAGGGAUGGGGCGAAUCCUGAUUUCCUCGAAUCCGAAUCCUAACUCAAAUCCUAGACUGGAAUUGCCGAAUCUCGAACCCAAACCCGAAUCUUUUAAUAGAUGAUGUCCACAUAUCUAAUGUAAGUGAGAUGUUUUCUGCUUGCACUUAAAGUCCCUUGACUUUAUCACAUGUAGUUUGGUACAUUUCUGGUAUAAGUGUAUAUAAAGACAAAAAUUUUUUCUUGAGAAAUUUCAGUUUUAGUACAGAUUAGCGGUUAGGAUUUUUUCUAUAAAUAAGCUAGAGGUCUGCGAGCCUAAGAAUUUUACUUUGAGCCGAGCUCGAGCUUUUGUGGUACAGUUACACUUUAGGGAAAUUAUUUUUAUCUUAAACUUAGUAUAAUGUUUGAAUAAAGUAUUAAAAUGAAGUGGGCUUAUUAAUUUUGGGUAACUAUUUACAGCGUGUGUUUAUAUUUUGCACUGCUAGAAAAAAAAUAACAUUUUUUUUUCAUUGAAUCUUACCUGUUUCCAUUGGUUCAUUAGUAGGUAACUGAUAUCAUCCAACUAACAUAAUCAAGUAUAUGUUUGUGUAAAUGUAACGUAUCUUUGGAAAAAUUUCAUUCUUGUCAAUUUUUUGGAGUCCUUACUGAGCUUCAACAAACUUAGCACCAAAAAUCAUGUUGUUUGAAAAGUAAAUUUACAUUGUUUCAACAUUUCCACUUUUCAGCACAAUAAUUCUGAGAGAGAUUGUCACAGUGUAUUAAAUUCUGUUCUUUAAUCUAUCAUACAGAAAAAUAAUUUGUUCUGCACGUUCAGGAGUUAAAUUAGCUCUAGGAUUGCAGAUAGUGUUUUCAGAAAAAGAGAAGCGCCUCUCGCUGGCAACCUGCUUGGCUGGAAUGCUUUAGUAAAAUUGCUUAACCUCAAAAUUAGUGUCAUAAAUAUCUGUAACUGGUCAUUAAAGUUUAAUCAAUUGAAAGUAAUGAAAAUAAAAGCAUUUUACUUCAUUCAAUUUACACUUGCAAAAAAACAUACACACAAUAAACCUACAUGGAAAUUAAAGUCUUUUUCAAUAUCCUGAAGUCUGAAAUAUGUUUACUCAUGUCAUUAAAUGUAGAGCUGUAUUGAAGAAGCCGAUUUUGCCAAUUAUUAGUUGAAUCGGCAUUUCUGCCGACUUCCGAUACAGUACACUCGUUAAUUUUUGGCCGAUAUUACUGAAAAACGAAAGAGACUGCCAUAACCUAAAAUCCACAAGUGCCAUUUUCACUUUUCGUAGUAGUACUGCAUUCUUUCAGAUUGCAUUAUUUCUUAGCAACAUGUGCCAACCGUACAUAUCAAAGUUGAACAUCCUUUUUUUUUUCAACAAUGUUCUUUAAUUUAAUAUGUCAUAAAUAAAUACAUAUACAUCUCGGUUGUUACGGUAACUAUAGCGCAAAUAUGGUAGCUAUCAUGCUUCUGUAGUAAUUAUGGUAUUCUACAAAGAAUCUUUAGUUCUUUUUAUGGUAAUUAUCUUAAAAUAACUAUUGGGUUUGUAUUGUAGUUAUGGUACAUCAUCCAUAUUUCUUCGUAUGUUGUUGUUCAUUUGUCUUUUCUUCAUAUUUACGUGCGACAUUAUUUUAGACGGGAAGUUUCAAAAAAAAUUUUAACCGACAUUAUAUCACACAUUUAAUGGCGCAAAUGAUGAGACCUCGGGCAAUUUAAACGCUUUAUAGGAAAAACCUACCAUGCGGGACCUUGUAAGCGAGUUUUACUGUAUUUUUUUCUCGUAAGUAGUAAAAAACCGAAUCCUUUGACGAAUCCUAUAUCACACCCGCCGAACCUUCGAAUCCCUAGGAUUCGGCGGAUUCGGCGGAUAUUGGAUUCUGUCGCCCCAUCCCUACAUUAGAGCCUUUACGAUUUUUGGCUAUGUUUUGAGUGAUAAAAUUUAUUAGCUACAGCUACAUAAUGGGUUGGUGAAUUAAGCCUGUCCAUCUACAAAAUAGAUGCUGUUUGUAUUAUGGACAGCGGGUCGAAUCCUUGUACCCUUGAAUACUAUUGAAUCUCAAGUUUUUUUUAAAAGAAAUGAGAUUCGAGGAUAAAGAUUCCAGAAACUUUGUGAGGAAAUAUAAUUAAUUAAAAAAAUUCAUAACUGGCAAAACUGAAGUUCACUCACUACAUCUAUUUGUGUUUUGUAUCCUACUAUCCUAUUACUAGGGCCUGGAAAAAUUAGCAUCUAUUUAUUACAUAAUUAGCAGUUAUGAUGUUGAAAAUUAGCAUCUAUUUUCCAGAAAUUAGCAUCUAUUUUUAAGAAAUUUGCAUAAGAUAUUAAAGUUACAUAACAAUACAAGAAGUUGUAAUAGUGUUUAUACCCAUUAUGACGAAUUUUAACACAAACCAAAAUCAUUAAACGGUAUUUGUAAACAAACGUUUGACCACUAGUAAUUUCAGAUGGAAACAAACUGACGAUUCGAGUUGACCAACUUCAGUACGCUAAACGUGCACCACAAAAUGUAUGAUUUGUCCCUAUGUAAAAUAUUGAUCAGAAAAAAAUUUGAAGACUAAAGUGAUUAUCAACGAAUGUAAAAAACCGCGUACUAAAAUAUUUGUAGUAGUUUUCAGCAUUUAAAAUAUUUUCAUUUUUAUCUUUGCAAGUUCACUACGAUCCCGUCAACGACCUAGAUAUUUUCUAGGUUGUUGGUUUCCGUGAUGCGCUUCCCGGGAAAUUUUGUUUUGUUAGGUUAGAUACUCUUCAUGAACAGGCAACACACGAUGCAAUGGCGAACGUAGGCGAACGUGAUGUGAUCUAACAAAACAAAAUAACUGCGUCGAUAAGUAGUGUGAACAUUCUUUUCUAAACAACAUUCAACGGUAUCUUGAGUAAAUCGUAAAGAAUAAAUUUACAAAAUUACUUAUUCUAUACUAUCAUGCGUGAUAUUUGGUUAAGGAAUGUUUUAUAAAUAAAGGUUAGGAUUCGGAUUUUAUUCCUUCAACAAGCCUUGUCAGAAGCUAUUGUUUACGGUAAUUGUGUUAUGGUGGCUAUUUUCAAAAAAAAUACUUUGAGGAAUGUGUGUUCAAUCCAUUUUGUUGCAUUCUAUAGUGGUUUUUCGCCCGAUAAUGGCAAUUUUACCGCGAUUUCGCAAAUAUAGCAUUUAUAACAACAAUUAGUAAAAAAUCGCAUCUAACCUCAAAAUUCGCAAAAAAAUCGCAUCUAUCGCAAAUUGCGAAUUUUUCCGGCCCCUACCUAUUACUAUUCCCCAAGAUAUUGUACUUUUGAUAUUUAAUUGUUUUUUGGAGGAACUUAGUUUGUGAAUUUGUGAAAAUAACUAUUGAAAGGUUGAAUAUUUUAAUUUUAAUGCAUUUGUUCAAAAUUUAAAUUACUUGUACAUUAUUUUAUCUUUGACCUUUGAGACCUAGAUUCAGAUUAAAAGGGUAGAUUUAGAAUACUAUUCAUUUAGAUUUAAGUUUGAAAUUUGGAUUUGAGAAAUUUGGUUUGACUCAUCUUUAAUUGAAAUGAUAUUUGAUAUUUUAUUGACUAUCAAAAUUUUACUAGACUGAAACUGCUAUGAUCACUGAGAGACAACAGUUGCGACAAUUCAGAUCUAGAUGGUCAUCAGGCACAAACAGUUGCCUACUGUGUUUGCCUGUGCUGUCGUCGUGUUCAGAAUGUCUGUUUAUUUUAUAUCGCUGGGUUCGCCUGUGCAUUUUUGUGUUGUCCCAAUUACCUGUUUAGUAUUAUCAUUGGGUUUGUCUGUUUGUUGAUGUUUUGUCCAGUGUCAAUUUUUUGUCUUUAUCCCCUGUUAUUUUUGCAACUUUCUCUUCAGCCCACUGUGUUCAUCUGUAGUGUGACAAAUGUUUUUUACUAUUUCCAUACAUGGAAGUCCAUGUGUAGUCUUUGCUUAUAAAUUUGUUUGAAAUUGAAGGAAUUUCAUAUCCGGUAGGCCUUUGAAAUAUCUAGUUUUUUUUUUUUUUUAGUUUGAAUCGAAUUCGAAUACAAAUACCAAAUUAUGUUUGAACACCAUUAUUCAUCACACCACAUUACAACAUAACAUAUACAUACUUUGUGGUACAAUCUAUGUAGAAUUUGAAAAUUUUUAGCAUUCAAAAUUUAAAGGUUUUUAAAUUUUUGGAUGAUUAAUUUUUAAAUAAAAAAGUCUUGUCACAUCACUACAUAUCACUAAUUAAAAUUUUUGUGGAGAAACACAAGUUGCUCUUCAUUUUUGUGGAGUAGAGAGACUUCUACAAGUCAUAAUGUUGCCAGCUAAUGAAAAAAGUCUCUUACUGCACAUUUUUUCCCCCCCCCUUCCUAGUGUGACCUUUUUUUUUUGACACACAGGACAAGAUAAUUGCCUGAGCUGUCACGACACUAGGAGUGUGAGUGUGGGUCUGUAUUUAGUUGUUCACAUUGUAUUAUCCACCAGAAAAAUGGUGUCAAAGCUUGUUAGGAUUUAGGAAUCUUUGUUGUGAGUAUGCGGCCAGAUGUUUUUCACGAGAUCUAUACAAGUUUCUUUUGGCCGCCAUGUUCUGAACGAAACUAAUCACAUAACCGGCAUGCCAUUUUUCUGCCCUCUGAUCUUCUGAAAACUCAACUUUAACAUCUGCACUGUGUGAUUUUUAGGGACACAUUUAUCCUUAUCAGUAUGCUGAUAGUUUUAAUAUAAUUUUAACGACCUGAUAAACUCUAGUCUUCGUAAAAUAAGUUAGUUGAUUACGUGGGUGAUAGUAAUGGUUCCAAAUUAGUGUGUUAAAUCAUUUUUUCCUGUUUUAGUCAUCUCAAAACUCAUGUGGCUGGUUGUAGUGGGAAAAUCUCCACAUAAAUAACCCUAAAAUAUUACAAUAAUCCCGUAGAAAUGUAUUACUCGCCCAAUUUUUGGGAUCCUGCACAGCCCUAUUUGUAAAGACUGAGCAUGUAUUUUUUCGAAGUUUUAGUAUUCGAAAUUGAAUCAAAUACAUUUAAUAAACUAUAAAUAUUUGUUUUGAUGUUCAAAAAUUAUAGGUAUUUGCACUGGCCCAAUUUCUGAACAAAAAAUUGUACCCAAAUGCAUGAAUGAGCCAAAAUAACUUUUUUUUAAUGUGUAUAUCUUCUUGAAUCACUUUUAAACCACAAAUGCAGCUAUAUUAUUUUUAUUCAGAUGCGUCUCUUUUAGAACAAUUUUUUUACAAAUUAUUGUAUUCAUGGUUGCUACAGGACUAGAAAACUGGGUAAAGUCAGGGAAUUUAAAACAGUCAGGGAAUUCCAGGAAAUGUCAGGGAAAUCGCAACAUAUUUCUGGAAUAUCUUCUUUUGCCAACAAAAGUGGAAAGGAAAAUAACGCUUUCAUUGAUGUUUAUACACGUAAAAAAAUUAACAUUUAUGUUCAUGAAAUUUGGUUGAUUUUCCUUUUUUUCCCAUGAAUUCUCAGGCUAUUUUUCUGUAAACACGUAGAUUAACAAGGGGAAAAAAAAGUAUUUACGGAUGUUUACAUACAAGUUUGAUAGCCUUUACUCAAUAGUUUCAGGAGAAUCUAUAGUAAUCAUUUGCAAAUACACUAGAGUCCCGUUAUAGCGAGCUGUUACGGUUCCGGGUUUGAUCCUCGCUAUAACCGAAUUGGACAAAUUUUGGCCCCCAAAAAUUAAAAUUAACCGAAAAUAGCAUAAAAAUUGUGUUUAAACCUGUAUAAUUGGAAAAUAACAGGUUAUAUUAACGAAAUCUUAAUUUUUGUGAGCAGAUGUGGGAAUUCUCUUAAAAACGAUACCGCAUAUGUACGGAUGCGAUCACCGAUUGCGUCAAAAUAACCAGAAUACCCUACCACACCACGUAAGUAUAGCAUCUCAGCCCGCGGCCGACGCAGCAUUGUCCUGCUAUCUAUUGUUGACGCGGGCAAUCUGCUGGCGGCCAUGUUGGUUCGGAAUGUUAAAAACAGGUGGUGCUAGUGUAGCGCGACGAUUUAAUUCCUUACAAAAAAGCAGGAGUGCGGCUGCGGCAACGCACGUACGCCUCAAACAAAAUAGUCGCUGGAAAACUAUACUUUUUUUAGGGCUGGGCCGAUGCCAAUUCCGAUUCUUAAUCAUCGGCCGAUAUUCAGAGUAUCGGCAUCGGCAGCAUCUGUAAAAUAAUUGCCGAUACUUUGCGCCGAUACCUCAGUCCAAGUUCUUAAACUGUGUUACAGCAAAUUCUCUCUAGUACGUCCCUCUUGUUAACGUACAAUCCAGUAUAACGUAUAAAGCCACCGGUCUUGAAACGCCAUGCAAAUUAAUAGGCAUAAUAAAUAUAUAACGUACGUUUUUCAAAGCCCUGGACUGUAAUUUCUCGUUAAUACGUAUCUUUUUUCCGAUAUUAUUAUACAAAAUAUUAAACAUUUUCUAAUUUCAUUCACAAUUCUAUAGCUUUGUUUAACAACAGGUCUUGUGGAAAUUGUUUACAGACGUUUUCUUUAUUUCGUUGAGUAAAAUGGCAGGUGCAGUGCUGGUAACCGUGCGGAUAGAAAUUUCAUUCGUAUAAAAAAAUGUCCGUUUUUUGUGUGAUUGGUGUAGCAAACAUAACAUUUAUGCGGAAUAAUCAUGAGUUAUAAAUAAAAAACGCUUAACUUUUUCAACUAAGAAAAAAACGAUUCGAUAAUAUUUAUCCUACAAAAUGUGUAUUUUCGCGUUUGAAUUUGUAGCAAUGGAUAUUGGCCGAUGGCGGCCAUAUCUGGCUAGGUACAUAAAACGUGGAUUAUACGAUUGCCAACGACUACUAAUGUGUUUAUGUUACCGUUUGUUUUCUGUUUUGAUGACCUAACCCAUAAUUUGUUUGUUAACAUCAUUUCAAAUUAACAUCUUUCGCAAUUGUACACAAAUGUAAUACGUAUACAACAUUUAUUUAACAGAUCUAGUGGCACACAGUUUCCGACGCUAGUGAACAUUUUGUGACGUUUCGUGAAGCUUGUUUAAUGGCGACGUGACGACGUGGAUAACUAGUUUAUAUUUUUAUAUUUAGUGUAUUACGGCAGAAUAUGUAGGUACGCCUAACCGUAGAAGUUAUGAGUACCCAAAAGUGUGUGGGUAUCAGAAUUGCAAAGUUAUGAAAGACAUUUCUCACAGGAAAGUUCAAACAAACAUUCUUGACUAUAUAAAAAAAAUUGUAGGUACUGUAUGUUGAACAGUUGAACAUUAUUUUAUAAUUGGGUUUGAAUAUGUCCAGCUAUUAGGGGAAAAAGUACACACAAAAUGCAAAUCCUGCCAAUUAUUUCUCAUGGACUGGUACUGUUCCAAUGCAUGUCAGUGCAUUUGGCAUGUCUAAUUCAACUGUAACAAAAGGUCGUGCAGGAUUUCAAUUUUUGGUAAAUAUGUAGUGUACGGAUUAUCGUCAAAAAAAUUUUUAAAAAUCUGAAAUAACUUUCAUUAUAUGCUCUUUUACGUCCUCUUUUCAUUACAGCCUGCGGAGAUAGGAAAUUCCAAAUACUUAAUAUGAAAUUAAAAAAUACUUUAUAAGUAAAAUAUCCUUUCAUAACACAAACAUUUCUUUGGUUAGUAUCGGCAUCGAGUAUCGGCAGUAUCGGCCCAUAAGAAUCGCUAUCGGUGGAAUCGGUGAAAAGUGGUAUCGGCCCAGCCCUAACUUUUUUCAUUUAAAGAAACCUGUCAACUUUUUUAGAAAAUAAAUUUGGGAUUAAACUCAAACAUUUCCCGGACAGAUACCCCAACAACUGACCGAAACAAAAGUUACAAGAAAACUGCCCUAGCGAUUCGGAAAUAAAUACAGUGGUGCCUACUAGAGGUGUAAAAGUAAGGAAAAAAUGUGUACCCGUAUGUAUUCGUUACUAUAACAAUUAGUACUCGUUACUAUCGUUACGUUACUCGUUACUUCUGAUACCGCAUAACUUGCUAUGUUAUGUUGCAGCAACGAAUCCAGUCGUAUUGCGUACGCGUACAGUAUGCCGUCGCGUAAAUAAUAAUAAAUAGAAUAUAAACAAUUAACAAUAUUUGAUAAUUAAUAGUUUUUGUUAAUCAUUAACCAAGAAACAAUUAAAUCUCAUUGGAGCGGCUUUUUAAUAUUAACUCUUUUAAGAUAACAACCAAAAAAACGUGAAAAUACGCGAUUAUAUAAACAAAAACAUAUUUCUAAUUUGUAAAAAAUACUAUAGAGGUAUUUGAGAAGCCCUCAAUAGAAAGGAAUUUUAUGUUUAUUAUUUUUACUUCUUACCUCUAUGACUUUGUCUUAGCCCUGUUAUGAAUUAUAUUUACAAGUAUUGUCUCUCUAUGGUCAGGUCAAUUUGGUUUUACUCUUAAAUAUUUUCAUGUUUUAUCUUGUUUUAUCUAAGUAAUAAUUUUAUGAAAUGUCUUUGCAAACAUUUGUUAAACGGCGACGAAUAGUAAAUGAGCUUGCACAUUUUAAUAUUGUUUUUGGGUCAUGACUGAGGAAAGAGGAUAUGUGAUUGGACGCUUGACUGUGCAUAUAUUUUAUUUAAACAAUUUAGUAAUUUCCAGUGAGAUUUCGGAGUGUGUUCAAUACAGAAAACUUUAACUGUUUAAAACAAAUUGGAACUUUAGUUUCUGUUCUACUAUCAUGGGAGAAUGAUUAGAGAGAGGGAGAGCUCCGUGAUUUAGUCAUAAAUGAAUAUAAGAAUAUCACGUAAAACAUUGGAACGACGACUGAAUAGCUAGAAUAUACGUGAAAAUGAUGAUUUUGUAAGAAAUGCCCGGAACUACGCAAUGAAGAAGAGGUAGUUACCGAUGUUCGGAGCUCUACUAAAGAAUCGACGACGACGAUAGGUUUUUGACUAAUAGCCUAAAUAGAACUAGAUCAACGACUAAUUAAGAAGAAAAAAAGGAAACAACUAUCAAUCUUCGAGAUGGAAGGAGUUCGACGGCUGUAGACGGCAUCGUAGACGGUGUACCGGAGGACAUCAGCCUUCUAGACGACUCCAGGUGACCGACGCCAGUCCUGCAGGAGUACCAGCAGCACGAGAGGAGGUGCAUCGAGACGAGACCCAACCAGCGACAUCGGAGGAGAGACUGAGAUCUAAUCAGCAACAUCGGAGGAGAGACAGGGGUUCGGAGAGGAUUUCCACAGCCUCUUGGUCUUGUAACGACGCGACGAGGUUUGUCUGCCCCAUCCCGAAUUAACAAGAACAGCGAGAAGUUACCUGUCCUAUUCUAAUGUCAAGAUAUCUUAAACCAUGAUGUUUACGAUCAAGACCUAAUUUGAAACUUGCAAAACCAACUUAAUACGACUUAACGACUUAAAGACUUGUAGCUUGUACAUACUGGACCUGGUUAAUUUACAUUGAGCAGUAAUAUGUACUAGAUCGAAGUUAAAGUCUGUUAAAGUCAUUAAUUGUCUUGAAUGUUUAAAGAAUAGCCCCAGGUCCAGAAGUCUUGAGAUAGAUUGAUCUACCGAAAGAGACUGAGCUAGUAGUAACAAAAAAAAGACUAAUUUGCCAGGUAAAAUGUGUUUCAAUAAAAUUUAAAAUAUUGACUGAUAACCAAACCAUUAUUCAGUGAUUCAAUUACGUAAAACGUAAUUAAUUCUGAAAGACAUUUAAGUAUAACUGAUAUUGAAAUUUUGUUUAAUGAAAAACCUAUUUAAAUAUGAAUAAUUGUCCCAAAGGUGUUUGUAUGUUGCUAGCUAAUCAUUGACUCUGUCACUUUUCAUGUUACAUUUGAAUAUGUUGCAAAAGAGUAUUGUCACCCAUACAACCAUAAUUUUGACCCUAGUAAAAAGUUAAAUUUUCAUUAUAUCUUUAUUUUUCCGAUUGAUAACCAUACUUGCAUAUCAAGUGUAUGUUAAACCAGAGAGAAAGAAUUAUUUAGCUUUGGCUGUCUUGAAAGAAUAAUUAAUUUUUAUUACACUGAGAUCAGCAGCCAUAGAGAAGUUAAUGCUUUUAAACACACUACCAGUUAAAGAAUAUUGUUUUAGUCAUUAUAUUUGUUGAUUUUAAGGUCAGAAUAUUUACACCAAAGAGAAGGAGACAUACUGCUAAGAAAAUAUACGACAUUUUAUUUUCUGAUAUUCACACAGAGUCAAACUUCACCAGUACAUACAACCUGAGAAUAAUUUACUUUCACUACCAGCGUAACAAGACAUAUUUUAUUUAAUAUUCUGUAGAGGUUAGUAGUUAUGCUACAUACACAAUCACAACACUAGUACUUUAUAGAGUUUUCUAGGCGCCCAACUAUAAUACAUUUUACAUCAGAGAUUUUGGCAUUUUAGGAAAUAUACUCCAUAGAGUAAUUCUGGUCACCCAACGGUGGCGCACCCUUUUAGAAAUUUUGGUCACUCAUCCUUGGUGCUGUCUGAAAAGGAAAAAAAAAAAAGGGGAAAUUCUGAAAACACUUCAGAACUUUCUUACGUUGUUUCUGUUCCAAUCUAGAACUUUGUCUACACACGGCAGACGGCACAGAUAACUAACGGAAGUUUGAUACAAGAAAGAAAGGAUGGGAUUCUAUUUUUAAAGCCACGCACUUAAGUGGCGACAGCAAGGCUGAAGAAUGUGACAGGCGUCAACGGCAAGAUGUCUAGUGGCGAGCGAGAGGGGUGGAGAUAAAGCAGAAAAAUAACAAAACCGCGCUUCAAGCGAUGACGCCGUAAAUUCCUCAAAAAUACCUCGUUAUAGCCGUGUUCUCGCAAUUACCGUGCUCGCUAUAACGAGAUUCUACUGUAUGUAUUUUGAUCUCUUACUGCGCUAAUUUCAAUUUGCGCCCAUUUAUUUUGAUGGGCGUGUCUUGUCAAUAAUAAUUCAACAUGGAAUUUAUUUACACUAAUUCUGGAGAUUACCAGUUUUUGAGGAUUAAUAUAGAUAAAGUUACGAAGAGUUAGGGUUUAUAUGUUAAUAAUAUUAAACAAAAUUUAUGAAACAAAUAACCAGACUGCACAUGUUGUGAUGCUGGUGGAGGGAGGGGGGAUGGCAUCGGGAAUCAUUUAGAAAUUCAAAACUAAAAAUAUUUGAGACAAACCACACGAUGUGCCAUGAAGUGUGGGGUAUGAUCAUAAUCAGCAAAUCCUCAAGGGUGUGUCUGUAUGAAGUGAGUGACUCGUGAAACUAGCUUUCAAAAUCAGGUAACCUCAACUUUUGAAACUGGCAACCUCAGAUAAACAUGAAAGAAAUAAUUAUAGUUUAUAUUUUUUGUAAUUUAAAUUUCAAUUUAAAUUAUGAAUUUGUAAUUUAAAUUUCAAUUUAAAUUAUGAAUUCGGUUAUACAUGUUAUUCUAUACACGUUAUUCAGUACUAUUAACUUUUUUCAUUUUAACAUCAAAUUUUUGGUUAGGUUAGCUAGAAUAAUUAUUCAUAACCAAUCGUUAGGGACUAGAAAAUUUCGCGAUCGUGAAAUUUUCACGAAUUCGCGUGAAAUUAAGUGCAAAAUGCGAAAAAUACCAUUUGUUGUGAAAAAACGAAAUUUAUACGAAUUUUAACAAACUAUGCGCGAAAAGGUUUAUUUAUUAUAAAUUUAGUAUCAUAAUCAUAAAAAUAAGUCGCAGUCACACGCAUCGACACAAUUCACAAACAAUAUGUUCGUUUGAAUAAAAAAAUGUAAGGAAAUAAAUGUCCUAACCAAAAAAAAAACAUGAAGGGUAAAACUUAUAAUUAAUUAUUAUUAUGUAUUAUAAUAGUUUGCGAUGCUAAUCAUUGCUAAGUAAUUUACGAUUUUAUAUUUAUUAACUAACAUCCGCUUUAAUAUGAAACACUUAACGUGACGUUGAUUCAUUUUAAUCAAAUAAAAGUCCGCCGGUGUAAACCAUUCCUUUCGCCAGUCAUCGCAGCCAUUUUUUUUGCUGCUAUGGCCUACGGAUAACGCUCCUAGCCAGUAACUUAAAUUCAUGAUUAAAAUUAACACGCCAUUGAGUGGGACUUUGGAACGUAACUACGGAGAACAUAACAAGAAAAUUACUUAAUACAUCGGGCAAAAAGUGACGGUAAAAAAAGAUAAAAUUAUUUACAUGGAGACUGCGGGGGAUAUAAACACUUUUAUUUUUAAUUCCUUGGGAUCCACGGAAGAAAAAAAAUUAACUUGAAAGAGAAUAGUUUUCACUGGUGUGCAACUGCUGCUGUCGUCAUGUUCACUUUGGCUGCUACUCCGAUGGGCAAAUCGGCAAGUUAACAAGAUUAUUAAUUGGAUAGUGACUAGUGAGUGAGUAAAAAUGCGGAAUAAAUUAAGUGCAAGGGAUCGAGCAUUUCAGUAUAAGAAGGAGGGGUUUUACUGUACAGAUAAUAGGACGGUUAUGUGUAAGUUUUGCAACACGAAAGUUUCAUGGGAUCGAAAAGACACAAUUGAAAAACAUUUAAAGUCGGCAAAACACGUGGCGUCAUUAGCAGCAACAAAAGAAGAGACUACAAAACUACAAACAUCAGUUGCAUCAUGCUUUAAUAAAGUUGUCAAAGACAAAAAAUCGGCAGAUUAUCUUGGAAAACGUGUCACAGAAACAUUUGUAAAGGCUAACAUACCACUUGAGAAACUUAACAAUGAACACAUGGUGAACUUCAUGAAUGAAUUUAUUGAAGGAUCUGGCGCAUUGCCUUGUGUAAAGACUUUGCGAGAAAAGCACCUUCCCAGAUUAAAUAUGGAAAGGGAAGAAAACAUCAAGGAGAAGGUCAAAGGAAAGCACCUUGCGGUAUGCUGCGAUGAAACAACAGACAAACAAGGUCGGUGUGUUUUCGUUUUAAUCUUCAAGAUUAUAGAAGCCAGUCACCAAGUUGAAAUCGUAGUAGGUGAUGUCCACAUUCUUGAAACAGCUGAUGCAAAAAGUUGUUCAAGAGCUAUUCUUGAUUCUUUGAACAAAUAUAACAUUAGCUAUGACAGUGUCCUGGCCUUAGUAUCAGACUCAGCCCGAUACAUGGGGAAGUGUUUUGACACACUUACCAACUUGAUGUCGGACAAUGUUGUAGUGAUUCAGUGUUGGGCGCACAAACUCAAUCUGAUUUUGAAUGUUCUGGGAAAGCACCUUCCUGAACUUCAAAAUGCCACUUCCAAAAUCAAGAGUGCGUUCCUGAACACUCGAAAGAGAAAGCAUCUGUUCCGGCAAUUUCUGGAUGAUAAAUAUGAAGCUGGAAGGGUUCCACUGUUCCCAAUGCCAGUCCUCACGAGAUGGUCUUCGUGGUACGAGUCUGUAGCCUAUGUAUCUGACUACAUAGAAGCUAUUGUUGAGUUCAUGAAGAGUGACGACAUAGCAUCAGUUAGCAAUGUUGGGAGUUCAGUAUUUGGCAAGUUUGUCACAGGAACAGGUUCCUAAUGUUAAGGUGCAGGCUACCUUCAUCAAAGAAACAGCAAAGGGAAUUGUUGACUUGACGAAGUUGGAAGGGUCAUCAUAUCCUUGUAGCAACAUUUUGUGUGGUAACCUAUGCAAAGUUGAGCAAGUUUUGCAGCUUGCUGAAGCAGGAAAUUUUGGCGAAGAAACAAGUUUAGCACUGCAGUCGUGUGGGAGAGAUGUUGCAAAAGCUCAGGUUAAAUCUGCCUUAGUAAAAGCUGCAUCACAUGGAUACACUAAGCUGCUAGCUUUAAUUUCAAGUGAUCCUGCAAGUCAUCUUUAUUCUGAACUGAGUGUUCUUGACCCUGCACAGAUUUUAAUUACGGAAGUAACAAAAGAUCUUGGUAAACAAUUGAAGAAAAUGGCAUUGUUCAAGGACUGCGAUGAAAGUCAAUUGCUUCAAGGCUAUAAAGAGCUUCAGUUCUUGGUGAAGAAACAGUUAGGAGACAAAAGUGAUGCAUCACUGGAUUUGAUUGCAAUAUUAUUGUCUCUUUCUGUAAAUCAUCCAGAAUUUUCUAAGGGUGCUUUGAAAAGUGCCAUGUGCAAAUGCAGACUGCGAACGAUUUUUUUCUAAGUACAGUUCUGUUCUAAGUGACCAACGUCAGCGCCUUAAUGCUGAAAAUGUAGCUAUUCUCAGUGAAAUCUAUUUUGAAGGUUGAACACUGUUUUAGUGUGUUAGUUGUACGCCAUGUCUAUGUGUUUAGUGUUACAUAUGUAUUCAACUUUGCAGCUGUAAAUAUUAUGUAUUGUGUGAAACUGUGAAUUUUUUUGCUAAGAGCAUUACUAACAAAUAUAGAAGCUAAAAUUAUGUACAGAUAUGACGAUAAGUAAAUAAUAAUUUCCUCAUUGUAAAGGCUUUAAGAAUGUUUUUACAAGUAUCUCUGUAUCAAUAUAUAAUGUUCAUAUUAAUUUUGACUGUUAAUUUUGGGAAUCCACAAAAAAAUCACAUUGGUGAAAACACCGAAAUGAAAACACCGCUUUUAAGAAUUCAAACCACCGCUUUUUUCACUUUCAAAACGACAUUUUCCAGUCCCUACCAAUCGUUCAUAUGCAUUCAAAGUAUGGUUAAUGUAGUUAACCUUGUCUACAAUAUUUAAAAAUAUUUUAAAUGUAGCCAACCUAUUCAAACUGAUUAUUAUAUCACACUAAUUGUAAUACGUAUAUAAAAUCUAACCUAACUACUCAGAGUGGUAAAUUACUGGUUAAAAACUUAAUGAUUGUAAAUUUUGUCAUGGAGUAAAAAUGCAACUUUUAAUUGUGUUCCCCCCCCCCCCUCCCUCCCCAGAAAUGAAGCUUUCCUUCAAAAAGACCAAUAAUUAAUUUUAAUAGUGGAGUUCUAUUGAGUAAAAUCAUAUUAUAGGUGUACUUUAAAUCCUCUGCUAGUGUUUUCUUCUGUAAAAAAGAGGUUUUAUUAUGUAAUUAUUAAUUUAUUUUGGUAUGCAUAUUUUUUAAUAUGAAAAUUGGAGAUUUGAACGGCACAUACGAUCUUUUCCUGCAGAAAAAGUGUUGGCAUCAAGUGGCGCUGCAGGAUUGUUUGUGUCUGAAAGGCCAGGGAAAUUUUUUCAAUUCAGGUCUGGAAAACCAGGAAAAAGUCAGGGAAUUUUUGGAAUUCCAAGCUUGUGGCAAACAUGUUAUUGUAAAAAAAAUGCAGCCUAUUAAUUUUACCACUGUUUUGGCGAGGUAAGUACGUAUUUAUUAUAAAACGGCUUUUAUUAAAAUAAAUACAAUAACACAAAUAUCUUCUGUUUUCCAAAUGAAAUUUGACCGAAAAUGAAACUAUGAAAUCUUGCGAUGGCAUAUGAUUAAAACAACCUACAUACGGCACGUGGAUGUGGCGUGUGGUGUAGAGUAGCGUAGCGUGCAGGAGUGCCUCGGUGU